GAUCAUACAGCACCCAUCCAGUUCCCAAAUUAACUUUGAAUAACCUAUGACCCAUGGAAUAAAUAAGUUCUUGGUGCUCUUCCUGUUAUCCUGAGCCAGAGACUACCACGGAAAGUCUUUCCCCCCAACAACCCAGACCAGCAAGAAACCACCACCGAAGUCCCCAGAAGGAACGUAAAAGUCAGGUUGGAAGGACAUAGAGUAGCGUUUAGCCCAGUGUAUGAAAUAUUGAGAGUCUCAACUGAACGACCCUACACUAGGGUGAGAUUGUACAGGAAUGACUCAUGACUUCUAGGAAAAGAAGGAGACUUGUUUCAUGAAGAAGGUGGCCAUUUAUCUCACAUUUAGGAAAAUUCAGUGUCAAGUAGAGACAUGCUCUGCCUCUGACUGAACAGCCAGACAUACUGGGGAGGAAUCUCACCAAUGCAACACCAGCCCUUGCCCUCGUGAUCUCAGGUGCUUCAUUUAAAUGGCAUCAAAUUGCUUCAUUGCCACCCUAUAAAAAGUCUCACCAAAUGCCAGUUCCUCAGAGCCUUGGCUACUUCCAGUGUUGCUCCUGCCAGGAAGGAAGGUAAGUCUUAUUACCUGAGAUAGGGACUUGGCAAGAAAUGGAGUCAAGGUGGAGAUGGGGGUGGAGUACUCUGGGAUAAAGAAUGAGCAAGGACUAGACGCUGAGGACAUCUAUGAAGAAGGAGGAUGCCAUUGAUGUGGAAAGCUGAGACUUAGGCUGAGAAGGGAGGGAGCAGUUCUACGUGGACAGGGAUUUCCGAGAACUGGGUUCCUCUGGGGGCAUUUAUGCCAUCGUUUCUCGGUUCUUCUUACUAACAAAGUGAACUAAUACACAAGUGUUCCAACGGCAAAUGGUAGAGGCUAAGUCUUGAGCCUGAGUUUUCUCUGUCAGCUUCAGUUUAAGACUCAGGUUAGCUCAGGCACAUACAUCUGCCCUCCCCGAGGACUUCCCGGAUUGGAAGGAAUAAGAAGGAAUGCUCACCAUGAAGGAAGUAGUGGUGGAGGGUAAACUGGUUGAAGAGUAAUGCAAGACUGAUCCACAAUGUAGACGCUGAAGUAAAGAGGGGAAACAUGGAGAGUUUGGUAGAAAAGUAAUUGCUGUUUCAAGCCCUCUCUUUCCUAGUGUGGAAAUAAUCUCGGGGUGAAUGGUGACGAGUCUGAAGUCACACAGCCAGUUAAAGGGGCAAGAAGUGAACCUAAAAUCCUUGACUCCCCACUUACCUUACUGCUGGAUGGACAACCUCUGGGGGUUAACCACCUCAAAGAGGAGACCUUUUCAGAUCACCCUCCAGGUGGAUGCAUUGAAGAAUUUUCUGGAAGUCUUUCUAGCAUUGCAGUUUUGAUGAAUCUUUUCUUUUCAGAAUUUUCAAAACCACAGCAGGAUGUGUGACCAGCAGAAGCAGCCGCAAUUUCUUCCAUCUUGUGUGAAGGGUUCAGGACUUGGAGCUGGGCAAGGUGGCAAUGGUGCCUUUGGAAAGGGCCAGGUUUCAGGCCAAGCUUCAGGCCAAGUUUCAGGCCAGGUUUCAGGUCAAGCUUCAGGCCAGGCCCAAACUGUUUAUGUUCCGGGAUCUGCCCCUUGCCAGCCUCAAACCAUCGUGAGAUACUCAGCUCCAGUUCCUGCUCAAACUUAUGUGAGAUAUCAAGUUCCAUGCCAGACCAAAACCUAUGUGAAAUGCCCAGCUCCCUGCCAGACAUACGUGAAAUGCCCAGCUCCAUGCCAGACUACUUAUGUGAAGUGCCCACCCCCAUGCCAGACGACUUAUGUGAAGUGCCCACCCCCAUGCCAGACGACCUAUGUGAAGUGUCCAGCCCCAUGCCAGACGACCUGUGUCAAAUGUCCAGCUCCCUGCCAGGCUCAGACGUAUUAUGUCCAGUAUCCAGCUCCUAGCCAGACUUACUACACUCAGGCUGCUUCAAGUGGCUCAGGUUCUCAGGGCGGUGUCCCUGACCCAUGCUCUGCUCCUUGUUCCAUGAGUUACUGCUGUUUGGCUCCCCGGACCUUUGGGGUGAGUCCUCUGAGACGCUGGGUCCAGCGGCCCCAAGGAUGGAACACAGGAUCUUCUAGCUGCUGUGAGGAUUCUGGGUGCUGCAGUUCUGGAGGUUGUGGAAGUUGCGGCUCUGGAGGCUGCGGCUCUGGAGGUUUCGGCUCUGGAGGCUGCGGAGGCUGUGGCUGUGGUUCUGGUGCUGCUGUUUGGGAAUUAUUCCCAUGAGGUCCCGAGGUCCUGCAUGCUGUGACAACGGGGAUGAUUGCUGUUGUUAAAUACAAAAAGACAGCCCUGCUUCCAAAAUUUACCUCCUGCUAUGUCUUCUGACCCCACCCAUCACCCUGCCUCUGUCAGUUUCCCUGGUCUUCCUUACUUUGCCCCUUUAUCAAGGCAUCCUGCCAGAGUUAG